CCCCACGGGUCCUCUUCCCAGAGAGACUUCAGUUUGCUUUUGACUCCAGCCGGCGCUGCGUCCGCGCUCUCGUGUGCCAGGAACAGGCAGAGUGGGCUCGGGCCGGAAGAGCCUUGCCAUUUCCCUCGGGCGGACGAGCGGCGCCCGGGCUCCGUCCCCUUGCACGUGGCCACUCGGGAGCCGCCUCACAGCGGCGGGCAGAGCCAUGCCGCCCCCGAACUGCUCUGAGCACAGCGUGGCGGUGGAGGUGGCCGUGGCCACGCUGCUGGCGCUGGAGUGCGGGCUGGGCCUGCUGGGCAACGCGGUGGCCCUGUGGACCUUCUUCUCCCGUCUGAAAGUGUGGAAGCCCUACGCCGUCUACCUGUUCAACCUGGUCGUCGCGGACCUCCUGCUGACCGUCUGCCUGCCCUUCCUCGCCGCCUUCUUCCUGCAGCACAGGACCUGCAGCUUCCGACGCGUGCCCGGCAGGGUCCUGUUCUUCCUGUGGACUCUCGGCCGCAGCGUGGGCGUCGCCUUCCUCACGGCGGUGGCUCUAGACCGUUACUUCCGCGUGGUCCACCCCCGGCUCAGGGUCAACCUGCUGUCCCUUCGGGCAGCCGGGGGCAUCUCGGUCCUCGUCUGGCUCCUGAUGGCUGUCCUCAGCCACCAGAACUUGCUGGUGCCGGCCGCUGAGUGCACAGAGCCAGAGCCCAGUGGGGGCGGCCCCUUCAGCCUCACCUGGCAGGAAGUGCUGUCCUUCGUCCAGUUCCUUCUGCCCUUCAGCCUCAUCCUGUUCUGCAACGCGGGCGUCAUGCGGGCCCUCCGGAGGCGGCUGCGAGACUCGGACAAGCAGCCCAAGCUGCAGCGGGCCCGGGCACUGCUGGCCACGGUGGUGGUGCUGUUCGCACUCUGCUUCCUGCCCAGCUUCCUGGCCCAGGUCCUGCUGGCCGCCUUCCGAGGGACGGACAGCUGCGGGGUCUGGACGGCGCUGGUGCACACGUCCCGCACCGCCAGCAGCCUCACCGGCUUGCAGAGCGUGCUGAACCCCGUGGUGUACUGCUUCUCCAGCCCCGCGUUCAGGCACUCCUACCGCAAGGUCUUCCUCACCCUGCGAGGCCGUGGGCAAGCGGCCCCCGAACCGGGCUGCGGACACAGAGACUCCGACUCCUGAGGACAGCCAGGUCCCGAGCCUCAGUUCUGCUGGGUCCUCCGGGACAGUGACCAUGAGUUAGGACACAGUGGGCAUCUUGGGACAGUGCUGAAAAUAUCAAGCCACGGACUUCGGCAAAACCGUGGCAAGUGUUGUCAUGGACUCUGUUCGCCAGGACGUGUCGUUCCCGGGCUGCUGCGCAGAAUAGAGCAGCAGACGAACACUAGGAAGCCGGCGCCUGCUCGGCGCCCAGUGCAGCUGCGGGCUGACCGGCUGGGGUGACUGCACCCCCACCCACGGGAAGGACGGUACUCCGAGGGCUCAGCGGGGAGGGGCGGUGGCUGGAGGCGGCUCUAGCCUCACUCCAUUUGGGAUGUGCCAGUGGCAUCUGGUUUCUUGGCUCUGAUUCAUAAAUGCAAAGCGCCUGUGUCCCCCACCUGGUGUGCACCGGCCGCACGAACCUGGGAAAGUGGGGCUCUGGGGCUGAGAGCUGCAAGCGUGUUCCCACGCUUGUCUCCUCUGUCCGUCUGUGGCUGCCUAACCGCGUUCGGGGCCCCGGGGGUGGGGGGAGGAUUCUGGCGGCAAUGCUGCGCCACCUCCCCAGGUUUUAGUUCCUCCCACGUCCACAGAAUUUCAAAGGCUCAGAAGGAUGGGUGAGCAGGUGAGGCCGGGAAGGGUCUGAAUAAAGCCCUCGGCGGGACACCUUC